UAAUUUGCGAUACGACACCAUAUGUCAGUUUUCUUAUUCCAAUAAAGCGGAAUAGAAUAUUUAUUACAUUAUAGGUUUUUAUAACAUAAAUAGUUAAGUUUUACGCAUAAAUUACAUAUAUUUACUUGACAAGAUUGUAACGUCGGUGUAUAAAUACAUAAAUGUAAGGAAAUACAAAUAAAAUGGCUGAUUUUAUCAAAGGUCUUCUUUUAUCGAUUUUAUCUGAAAAAUGCUACGACGAGUAUUUUCUUAAUUACAACUUUCUUGACGUACCAUGUUUUAAAAGCACUUUGAGCAAAGGUCUUGGGAUUGGUAUCAUCGCCGGAUCCAUACUGGUAAAAGUACCUCAAAUUCUAAAAAUACUGGGCAGUAAAAGUGCUGAAGGCAUCAAUGUUUAUGGAGUUUAUUUAGAACUUUUUGCUAUUACUGCAAACUUUUCUUACAGUUAUGUUAUGAAUUUUCCAUUCAGUGCAUGGGGUGAAGGAACAUUCCUUGCAAUACAAACAGCAAUCAUUGCUGUCCUUGUCCUACAUUAUGGAGGGAAUUCGUUGAAGGCUGCAACAUUUUUAGCUGUUUACAUUGGACUAGUUUCAACACUUGUUAGUGGUUACACUCCAAAAGAUGUAUUAUGGUCCAUGCAAGCUAUUAAUGUACCAAUCAUUGUCAUUGCUAAGGCUAUACAGAUACUAACAAACUAUAAGAAUGGCAGCACAGGACAGUUGUCUGCGGUAACUUGUGCCUUGCUGUUUGGUGGAAGCAUUGCUAGAAUAUUCACAUCAAUACAAGAGACAGGUGACUCCAUCAUCAUCCUCACAUACUGUGUGUCAACAGCAACCAAUGCAGCAUUGGUUCUUCAACUCUUCUGGUACUGGAAUGUUAAGACUACAACUACUAAGAACAAGAAAAAGAAGAAGCGCACAUAGAACUUAAUUCUUAAGACUUUUUUUAUUAUGGUGAUAGUUUUUUUUAGGUUUCUUAAAUUAUUAUUUUAUACUUGUUAUAAGUUAAGUAAUUAAACAGUCAACACUGGUUACAUCAAGUUGCUUGUAUGGCAGUUGUAGUCUAACCAGAAAUAAAAUCAAUUUGGCUUUGAGGGGCUUAAGUUUUCUGGUUAGGUUAUAAAUGCGAUUAAGCCACAAAAUAAUGUCUUUUUUACUGUAAAAUUAGUAACUAGUGCCUUAACAUGUCAAUUGACUGUUGGUAUUAACUAAUUGAUGUCAUUCAAGUUACAAUAGUGCAAAAUUGUUUUGUAAUAAAGAAUUGUACACCAGUUAGAUUAAGCUCGCUAUAUGCGCUCAGUAGUUACUCAGUUAAUCAACUGCUCAGUUAACACUGUCAGAAAUUCGCGUCUGUAGUAGGAUUUAGAAAAAAAAGUACAGAAUGACAAUUGAAGUUCACUUGGCACUUUUAUUUUUAUUAUUUAUCAAUAAACUUUUUAAUAGAACA